AUGGAAUUACCAGUGGAAGAGAAGCCCCCUCCUUCAACGACCAUGGGAAAAGUCUGGGCCGAAGUCCAGAGAUGGCAGAUCAGAAUGGAACUGGUCAUCUUGGCCAUCUCGAUUUGUGAUACGGCCAGAGUUGUAAUUACUCCGACCUUAAUGUUGAAGAAGGUCAAAAGAGCCUACAACGCAUCGGAAUAUGAGCCCGAUCCAGAUCUCUACGAAAAAUGGUACAACAAACAGAUGGUUGUGUGGGAUCAGAACUACACUUAUGUCAACAUGCCCCUGGCUAUCGCGGCCACCAUCUUCUUUGGUAAGACCUUUAAUAUAUACAUGUUAGAUUUACUUAUCUUGAUCACUUUGUCAUUUAAAUAUUUAAGGAGCUUAUAGUGACCGUCGUGGAAGAAAAGUACCCAUGAUUCUGGGGCUUCUGGGUAUGUUGUUUGGGAAUUUGUUUUACCUUUUGGUUUGGUGGCCGACUACAGAUUGGGCACUUCAAUGGAUCUUCCUGGCAGGUGUUCUUAAUGGAGUUACUGGCGGUUUCAGAAUGGUGACUGGAUCUGUUAAUGCUUAUUUAUCCGAUCAAUUCAAGGUCAAGAAGACUGUAAGCAUCUGAUGAAUAUAACUUUUUUAGUCUUUGGCCAAAUUCUAAGCUUCCUUUUUCCCUGAAUCCUCAGAAUCUCCCGUUUUGUUUAAUACCAAACAUGCUACACAUAUAGUUCUCGACAAUUAAAAGUGAAUUCUCGAUUCAGAGCCCAAUAUUGCCUUAGGCAAAAGGUGUUCCCUCAGACCUCUUCGGUACCUAACGCCAAUGCCAAAUUUUCAUACCUAUGGACUUUAAAUGCACUGUGAAACGGCUUUUAAUUGUCGACUACUAUACAUGGAUUUAGUCCAUAGAUAUUGGUUUUAUUUAGGGUUGUUUGACCGAAUUUUUCAAAAUGUCGUCAAAUUGCUGUCAUUUUGGCUGAACAGAAAAUUCUGAUAUACGAAUCUUCCAAAGGCGAGUUUCACGUAGACUGUGAAAGUUACCGCUAAUUAGUCGUACAUAGUUUUACUGCUUACUUUGUCGGUCGUCUUGACAAGAUGGAGCAAUGUACCCCUUAAAAAGAAAAGAAAUUUGGCCGAAUACUAAAAUAAGUUAGCCACUUCAAAUUCGUCCUGAAAGAGCACCCUGUAUAUACACAUUUCCUAUUAUAACUCUGCUUUCUUUUUUCAGCUCUCCUUCCGUAUGAUAAUCACCUAUACUAUCCUGAAUGUAGGUGAUUUAAUUGGAUCGCAGAUGACCAAGUUUAUCAGUCGGCAAUGGAAUGAGAUCGUGGCCGCCUUUAUAAUGCAGGCAAUUAAUCUCAUCGUGAUAUGUUAUGUAAUCUUCAUCGUGAAGCCGGUCGGGGAAAGAGAUGACAGUAAACAAAGUAUAGUGACUAUUGGCAAAGACGCCUUACGUUCUGUGUGGUUGUCUGCUAAAGUGGUAAUCAGACCCCGAGAGAAUGGCUGCAGAGCUCUAUUACUGUUAACCUUCUUCUGCGCGUUGGUUAAUCGAGUAGCCUUCAGUGAAGAAAAGGCCUUGAUUGGGACGUAUACCAAACUGAAACCCUUUGAAUGGACCACUUCGGACUUUGCUCAAUACAAAUCCUACAGACCGUUUACUCGUAAGUUGAGAUUCUUUUAAUUGAAAAUGCUUACAGAAAUCCUCGGUUUAAUAUUUGGAUUGGUGGUCUUGAAGAAACUGCUCAAACUUCGGGAUACCACAAUUUUGAUUCUGGCGACGAUAUCUAUGGGACUGGACAGUUUGUUGAUUGGAUUAGCCACCUCUUCCUUGCUGAUUUACCUCUCAAUGAUUGCCGGAUUCCUCCAUGCCUUGACUAAUCCUCUCCUUUAUACCCUCUACAGUUGUUUGGUUGAACCGAAUGAGGUUUGUUUUCCUAUAUUUCCAAUUGGGGAAGAAGACAAAAGGGGAACAGAAAUUUACUUUUUUCUUGCACACUAGGAAGGGGAUAUGGCAUAUCAGAACGUGGAGUUACGGCACUGUAUGACUAUAACUGUACGCAAGGAAUGCCGUCAAUUCUGAUUUGAAAUCAGCACCAUCGGAACCCCCUGAAUCGAUUUUUUGUGAAAAAAUUCAAAGAAUUACUACUUUACAGUACGACUUAAAAAAGCUAGGAAAAGGUAACGAUCAAAAAAAUGAAUGUCAUUUUCGAAACCUGAUGUUUUAUCCAUUUAUGUGCAGGAAAAAAGUAUUUUUCAGUUUCCUCAAGUGACGACUUUCAAUAACUUCCUGAUUAUGUUCAUCUCUUAUAAUUGCAUUUAGACUGGUCGGGUGUAUGCGAUGGACUCCAUCUUGCACAAUAUUGGCUAUUUCAUCAAGACAGCCGUCCUCCAGAACGUGUAUAUUCACACGGUUAACUGGUAUCAAGUAAGUUAAAGCAUGCAAAACAACAUUUUUCCAGGGCUUUAUCUGGUUGUUACUUUCCUCGAUGGCUGUGGUAUCGGCCUCCGUCCUAACAGUAAUUCAUUUUGUUUCUAAACGCCGCGGUGUCGGCGAAGAUUAA